AUUUUACAGUCUCUGGGCUGAACAUGGGAGCAACUGAAACAGAACAGGAAAACCUCUGCUUGAAAAUAGACGUUGAGUACCUGCUUCACAGGCUGUGAUGCUUUUCCUUUGGCAUGAAGACCCUUUCCGGUGGUGUAUAAAGCUUUAGCCGUGUGAAGAGUGGAGGGGAGAGAGGAUGUCUGGUAGGAGAGACGGAAAACGGUGCUGAUGGCCAAAUGGUCCAGAUGGAGAGCAGUAAGGCAGGAUUUGUGGGUUCACAGGUGGAGUUGCCAUGUCAGUUUGUCAACAGCAACCCACCUGUAAAAAUCUCCCAGGUCACGUGGCAGAAGCUGGUCAAUGGCACCAAGCAGAACGUGGCCAUCGCCAAUCCAGCCCUGGGGGUCUCGGUGCUGAACCCCUUUAGAGAGCGUGUGCGCUUCAAGAACCCAGCCGUUCGCCAACGCACGCCAUCCCUAGAGGACACCACCAUAGUUUUCAACAGACUAAAACUGACGGACGAGUCCACCUAUAUCUGCGAGUACACAACCUUCCCAGCAGGCAACAGAGAGAACAUGGUCAAUCUCACUGUUUUUGCUCGUCCGAUGAUCCAGAUGAGUCUGUCCACACCCUCUAUAGUGGCGGGAUCCAAAGAUCUGAAGAUGACAGUUGCCACAUGUGUUUCUGCCAACGGGAAGCCAGCCAGUGUGAUCACAUGGGAAACUGAUUUAGAUGGAGAAUCCAACACCCAGGAGAUCAGCAACCCUGACGGGACUGUCACAGUGCGCAGUGAUUACUUUGUGGUUCCCAGUCGAGAAAUACACCAACAGCUGCUCACCUGCAUCUCCACGUAUAAUGAAGAACAGUACACAGACAGCGUCACGCUCAACAUUCAGUACGAACCAGAGGUGAUCAUUGAGGGCUUUGACGGAAACUGGUAUUUGAACAGAGAAAACGUUCAGCUGACCUGCUUGGCUGAUGCCAAUCCAACAAUCUCUUUGUAUCAGUGGAGAUACUUGAAUGGAACAUUGCCAAGUUCAGCAGAACUUCGAGAUGAUGUGCUGAUCUUCAAAGGUCCAGUAACUUAUGACAUUGCAGGCACAUAUGUCUGUGACGCCACCAACAGCAUUGGCUCAGGCUCUGCAUCUGUUGAGGUCAUAGUGACAGAAUUCCCUAGCUACCCGCACGAGGUGUUUCAGGAUCAGCAGCAAGCCGGUGUCGUCAUUGGUGGAGCUGUUGUUUGUGGCACAGUGCUGUUGGCUGCCGUUACGCUCCUCGUAGUGUUUUUGUAUCGCCGGAGAUGCAUGUUUAAAGGAGAUUACAGUACCAAGAAGCAAAUCCUUGGAAAUGGCUACAGCAAGGCUGGCAAUGUGCCGUCGCACCCUUCAUUACCUCACAGCCUGACCUUCUCCGAUGACUCGGAUGAAGAGAAAAAGCUGGAACUCUACAGGGGCUCCAGUAUCUUAGGAGGGAGUGUUCAGGAGUUUCACACAUGCCAUGACAGCAGGAUCAAGGCCUAUCGAACAGGACUGAUUGAGGAGCAUGAGAGAUGUGCGUUUAAUGAGCAGACUUACAUAUAUGAGUACGGAUCUGAGGUGGAGGUCUCUGUGGACAUGAUUCCUCAGAUGGACGGCUCUGUGAUCUCUAAAGAAGAGUGGUAUGUGUAGAAGUCCAGACUCUAAAAGAUCUCAGCAUGGCCCUCUUCCGCUACCUGCUCGCUUCUUGGCAUCUCCUUCGUUAAGACACUGAUUUUGGGAUCCAAACUGCUUAGAUUUAAUUGACUGAGAGAACAUUGCUAAUAUAAAAAUCCAAA